AUGUCUCGCGCCGAGAGUCCCGUCACUCAGUUGACAAACGAAGAACUUGACCAGGUCCAAAAAUACGUCAUCGCGAGCUUUGCAGCCAUUGUCUGGUACAAUUCGAUAGAGCUCAUAGCACUUUGUCUAACGACCUUCAAGCGUUACCGGGGCUGGUAUUUCUGGAGUUUGUUCAUCGCGUCCUCUAGCCUCAUUCCGCAUGGCCUAGGCUUCAUCUUUUUCAUCUAUCCACUUGGCGUCAGCCCUUAUGCUUCGGUCACAUUGAUUAUUGUAAGCUGGUACUGUAUGGUCACCGGACACUCGCUUAUCCUCUGGUCGCGUCUCCAUCUGGUUGUACAGGCACGCAGGCUUCUCCGGUUCCUUCUGGUUAUGAUUCUAGUCGAUGCCGUUGUAUUUCAUGUUCCUACCACUGUGCUCUUGUACGGGGCACUCGAGCCUAACCGCCGGCGGUUUGCGAAUGGAUACAGAGUAAUGGAACACAUUCAGCUCAUUGGCUUCGCCGUGCAGGAAUGCGUCAUCUCCUCCAUAUACAUCUGGGAAACAUCGAAAUUGCUACGGCUGCGCCCAGACCGACUUCACUAUACCAUUCUCACGCAACUUCUGGGCAUCAAUAUCAUCAUCCUAAUCCUCGACGUGGCCGUGGUAGGGAUUGAGUAUGCAAAUCUCUACGCUCUGCAGGUGAUGUUCAAGCCGGUUGCAUACAGCAUCAAGUUCAAAUUGGAGUAUGCCAUCCUAGGGAAGUUGAUCCAAAUCGCGAGGGUAUCAUUAUCGAGCGACGAGCCGCUAUCCUCCAAUUCACAAGGAGCCGAUCUCUCUUCCUCUACUCAGGUCAGCUCCCAUGGGAAUGCCCCCCCUGCUCAUGAUAUUCCCGUGCUUCGCUCGUGCUCAUUCUGUGCCUUGUGUACGGGCUUUCGGAAAUAUCAGCGCCAGCGGUCGCGUGUUUGA